AUGGAGCGCGCCGAGCAGCAGUCCGAGAAGGGCAUCACUCUGAAAGACAAGAGUGAGAGUGAAACCGAGAACGAUUUCGAGAGUGUGACCGAGGGCGGUUUUGAGAGUGAGACCGAGGGCUAUCUCGAGAGCCACGCCGGCGUUCAGUCCGAGAAGACGGCAGAGAUCGAGAAGAAUGCCACAAUCAAUGAGUCCAUCAGCUACGCCAACCAGGAGUACCCCGAAGACGACGUCACCUGGACCGACGAUGGGCGUUGGUACAGUGCCAGUGCGGGUAUGUUCUUUGACGAUUCGAGCCAGUCGUGGUACUACGAUAACGGCAAYACUGGCUACGGCGACGACGGCAGUGUGCAGAACAGCUCGACCCAGCAGAACGGUGAGCCUCGGGGCGGAGAGGGCGCUCUUCUCAAUCAGCAGCAGAGCAGCUUGGUCCAGCAGAACGGCGAGCCUUGGGGCGGAGAGGGCGCUCUUCUCGGCCAGCAGCAGGGUAGCACAGGCUACGAGAACAGCGAGGGUCAGGGUGCUUUUCCCGGCGAGCAAGUUCCCGCCAUCACUUGCGAAGACAUCUACCUCUACCAGAAGUCUCCUACCCCAGAAGAGMUCAUGGAGUGCUUCAAGCAGGAGAAGCAGAAGAGAUUGCAGGUCAAGCAGCUCCAGGACCACACCGCUCAGAUGAAGAUUCGUGCUGAUAGGGUUACUCUAGCGAGAUGUUUGCCAUCGUCUGCAAGGUCGUCAAGGUGA